GCCCCGCCACAGCACCUAUUCCCAAGGGGUUUCCUCUGGGAUUCAGCCAAGACCUCGCAUCGUUCCAGGACAUCCCUUCCCGUGCAGUUUUCCGCACCCAAAGGUGCUCGGGUACCUCCUAUUGGGAGUGGGACCGCCCCCAGCCGCAGGAUGCUCCCGCUGCCUGCAAUUCCCAAGGGAAAAUGCUCUUAACUUUGGGAAGCCCCUUUCCAACGAGCUCCCCAGGGCCGGCGGGUGACCUGGCACGGCUGUGCCGUUAAUCCGGGUACUGAACCGGGAUAACGAAGGGGGGUUCGGGCAGCCCCCGCUGAGCAUCCUCAUCAGUGCGGAUGCCACCCCCGGCCACUUAAUUAUGGGGAGCUAAUUAUUAAUUAGCCGGCUGUGCCCCGCGAUGCGCUUGGGCUUCCUACGGGUUGUAGCGGCUUUGCUCCUCCCCGUCUCUGCCUCUGCCGACGGAGCCGCACCGGGAGCCGAGGAGGAGGAGGAGGAAUGGAGCGGGAAUUGGCCCGGAGCAAAGCGCGGCUGCCCUCGCUGCUCCUGGCGCUGCUCGGCCUCGGGCCAGAGCUCCUGUUUGGCCAAGCCCGGACCCAGCCCCGGCAGGUGAACGGUGUCCUGGGGGGGUCGGUGCUGCUCUCCCCGGCUCUGCCCCCCAACAGGACGGUGAAGGAGAUCGAGUGGAGCUUCUCGGCCGGCACCGGGGCCACCAUCCAAGUGGCAGAGCUGGGCCCCGGUGGCUUCGAGCGCCCAGACCCCAAGGACCGGUUCAAGGACCGGCUGGAGAUGUUCAACCAGACGGGGCUGAGGAUCGCGGCGCUGCAGCGCGGCGACAGCGGCGUCUAUGGGGCCCGCAUCAAGCUGCACCCGGCCAUGGUGGAGGAUCAGUUCUUCAACCUCUCCAUCUACGAGUCGGUGCCGAGCCCCCGCACCCGCAGCCAGCUCCUGGCCAGCACCUUGGAAUGGUGCAACGUGACCCUGCAGUGCCAGGGCUCCGGGAAAGGCGCCGUUAACGUCACUUGGAAGCAGGACAACGUCGAGUGGGAGCGGAGCUCGGAGCGGCACCAGCUCUCCCCGGACGGGACCACGCUGCGGCUGUGGCUGCCGCCCGCCGCCACCAACGGGACCUUGGCGUGCACCGUCAGCAACCCCGCGGACCGCCGGGUCGUGCUCUUCGACCUGGGAGCGAUUUGCCAGGCGGGAGGGGGACAAUCGGGCUUCUCCAAGUCGGGCUACAUCGUCCUGACCCUCAUCCUGCUGGCGCUGAGCAUGGGGGGAGCCUUCUGGUGCUGGCGGGUUAACAGCGACAAGGCGGCAGAGCAGGCCGCCUCCCACACGGCGCCCGCCGAGGAGCCCCCCCCUGAGCCCCCGGGCACCGGGACCGAGCGCAGGAGCCCCCCGGAAGGUAAUGACCAGGGCCCGAGUCCCACCAGGAAUGACGAGGAGCCGAGUGUGGAGCAGAAGGCGCCGGUGACCACAGAGCAGGAGCAGCUCCAGCAGGCACCAGGGGACACGGGCGAGGAGGUGACAUAGACCCAAAGCACCUGCAGAGCCGGAGCAUCGGGAAUUCCGGAAGGGCUGUGCCGUGUGUCGUGUGCCAAAUCCGAACCCUCCGUCUCAGCUCCCGGGGGGGACAGACAGACAGAGAGAU